UUUAAUUUUGGUUUGGUUAGUUAUAAAUCUACAACACUUGACUAAACUCUCAUCCUUUCUCUUCCUUUCCCCAACCCUAAAAAAAACCUUCACGCCGGGGAGAAAAAAAGCAACAACUUCCACCGUCGUCUGCUGCUCCUCACCACCGCGCCGUCGAAAAUCGACCUCAACCCAUUACCAAGUAAGCUUCCUUCUCUCAUCGUAGAUCUAAAGCUAUGGCCAUCUCCCAAGAUCUCUACCCUUCCCAAGAAGACCUCGUCUACGAGGAAGAGAUCCUCCGAAACCCCUUCAGCCUCAAGCUCUGGUGGCGCUACCUCAUCUCCAAAUCCGACUCCCCCUUCAAGAAACGCUUCGUCAUCUACGAGAGAGCCCUCAAGGCCCUCCCCGGAAGCUACAAGCUCUGGCACGCUUACCUCCGCGAGAGGCUCGAGAUCGUUCGUAACCUCCCCGUCACUCACCCUCACUACGACUCCCUCAACAACACCUUCGAGAGAGGCCUCGUGACUAUGCACAAGAUGCCUAGGAUCUGGGUUAUGUAUCUCCAGACGCUUACCUCCCAGAGGCUUGUCACUAGGACGAGGAGGACGUUUGAUCGUGCGCUUUGUGCGUUGCCUGUGACUCAGCACGAGAGGAUCUGGGAGCCGUAUCUUGUCUUUGUGGGGCAGGAGGGUGUCCCCAUUGAGACCUCGCUUAGAGUUUAUCGUAGGUACUUGAUGUAUGAUCCUUCUCAUAUUGAGGAGUUUAUUGAGUUUCUGUUGAAGUCUGCGCGUUGGCAAGAGGCUGCGGAGAGGUUGGCUUUUGUUUUGAAUGAUGAUCAGUUUUACUCUAUUAAAGGGAAGACUAAGCAUAAGCUGUGGAUGGAGCUUUGUGAGCUUCUUGUGCGUCAUGCUAAUGAGAUCUCGGGGUUGAAUGUGGAUGCUAUUAUUAGAGGAGGGAUUAGGAAGUUUACCGACGAGGUUGGGAUGCUGUGGACGUCUCUUGCGGAUUAUUACAUUAGGAAGAACUUGCUUGAGAAGGCUAGGGAUGUUUAUGAGGAGGGGAUGAUGAAGGUUGUGACUGUGAGGGACUUUAGUGUUAUAUUCGAUGUGUAUUCGAGGUUUGAGGAGAGUACGGUUGCUAAGAAGAUGGAGAUGAUGAGUUCGAGUGAUGAGGAAGAAGAUGAGGAUGUGGAGGAGGAGGAGGAGGAGGAUGUGAGGCUUAACUUUUCUUUAUCCGUGAAGGAGCUGCAGAGGAAGAUUCUGAACGGGUUUUGGCUGAACGAUGAUAACGAUGUUGAUCUGAGGUUGGCUCGCUUGGAGGAGCUGAUGAACAGAAGACCUGCGUUAGCUAAUAGUGUCCUCCUUAGGCAGAACCCACACAACGUUGAGCAGUGGCAUCGGAGGGUUAAAAUCUUCGAGGGAGACGCAGCGAAGCAGAUUCUCACUUACACAGAAGCAGUGAGGACUGUGGAUCCUAUGAAGGCCCUUGGGAAGCCUCACACCUUGUGGGUUGCGUUUGCUAAAUUGUAUGAAGACCACAAAGACUUGGUCAACACUAGAGUGAUUCUUGACAAGGCGGUUCAAGUGAACUACAAGACAGUAGACCAUCUCGCCAGCGUCUGGUGCGAAUGGGCUGAAAUGGAGCUGAGGCACAAGAAUUUCAAAGGAGCGUUGGAGCUGAUGAGGCGUGCUACGGCUGUGCCAACGGUAGAAGUCAAAAGGAGAGUGGCUGCUGAUGGGAACGAGCCGGUUCAGAUGAAGCUGCACAGGUCCUUGAGGCUUUGGUCCUUUUACGUUGAUUUGGAGGAGAGUCUUGGAACGCUGGAGUCGACGAGAGCUGUCUAUGAGAAGAUAUUGGAUUUGAGGAUAGCUACGCCGCAGAUCAUUCUGAACUAUGCUUACCUUCUCGAGGAGAAUAAGUACUUUGAAGAUGCUUUCAAGGUGUAUGAGAGAGGUGUGAAGAUAUUCAAGUAUCCUCAUGUGAAAGACAUAUGGGUUACUUAUCUUACAAAGUUCGUCAAGAGAUAUGGGAAGGCAAAGCUGGAGCGGGCCAGAGAGUUGUUUGAGCAUGCUGUUUCAAUGGCUCCAUCAGAUGCUGUCAGGACCUUAUACCUUCAGUACGCCAAGCUAGAAGAGGACUAUGGUCUGGCCAAGCGAGCCAUGAAAGUUUACGAAGAAGCCACCAAGAAGGUUCCAGAAGGCCAGAGGCUGGAGAUGUACGAGAUAUACAUUUCCCGUGCAGCAGAGAUCUUUGGUGUCCCAAGAACGAGAGAGAUAUACGAGCAAGCAAUAGAAUCUGGACUUCCACACAAGGAUGUGAAGAUCAUGUGCAUAAAGUUUGCAGAGCUGGAGAGAAGUCUGGGAGAGAUUGAUCGUUCUCGUGCAGUCUACAAGUACGCCUCUCAGUAUGCUGAUCCGAGAUCCGACCCGGAGUUCUGGAACAAGUGGCACGAGUUUGAGGUGUUGCAUGGGAAUGAAGACACGUAUAGAGAGAUGCUUAGGAUCAAGAGAAGUGUCUCCGCAAGUUACAGUCAGACUCAUUUCAUUCUGCCGGAGAACAUGAUGCAAAAGGACAAGAUAGAUGUGGAGGAGGCUAAAGACGAGCUGAAGAAAGCGGGUUUGCCAGAUGAUGAAAUGGCGGCUCUGGAGAGGCAGCUCAUGGCGGCGCCAAUGUCUACCACGGUUACAUCUAAGGACGGUGGGAGAAGAGUCGGGUUUGUGAGCGCAGGAGUCAUCUCGCAGUCAGGUGAGAAUGCUGGGAAGCCUGUGACAGGGAAUGGAGAAGAUAUUGAGCUUCCGGAUGAAGAUGAGUCUGAUGGAGAUGACAAUGUAGAGAUUGCUCAGAAAGAGGUUCCUGCUGCUGUGUUUGGAGGACUUGCUAGAAAGAGAGAGGAAGAUGGUAAAGAAGCUGAGGAAGACGGUGCAGGGAAGACUCUGGGUGCGCUAGAGAGGAUAAAGAGGCAGAAGCUAGCUCAGUGAAUAAAGUCUUGUAGACAAAUGAGUCUUGUGCUACAACAGAUUGGAAUUGUAAUAUCCAGAACAGGAUCUUGGAGUGUCAUGACAAAUUUUUGUACUUUUGUUUCUGUUUCAAUUCCACCAUAUGUUAGUUUACUGCAGAGCUCUCUGUACUCUUUCCAUUUUACCUUCGUCUUUACCAGAAUUACAUCUUCAAUCUA